AUGCCGGAUUCCGACUUGCUCGAGUUUUCCAUGGAUGAGCCGACCGGGGUUGAUGUAGGUGAGAGGUCGGAUUCUUUAAGAACGCCUACAGCACCGGCAUCCAAGACUAGGGUGCCAGUGCAAGAACUUAGACCGACGCUGAAGGCACCCGUGCACGAUGAAUUUGAUCUCACAUAA